GAGAUCCAGUUCCAGCUCGGAUCCAGCCAUCCAAUCCAAUAUGUUUACGCUUUAUUUAUUUAUUUGUUUAUUUAUAACCAACUGCUGAGCUCCGCGAUGGCCGCCGCGCAGGUGGAGGAGCACGCUGCUCCGGCGGCUCCCCAUGUCGAUCCAAAUCCCAGCAGCGACUGGCGUCGGUGGUGUCGCCUGUGCGCCAAGGACGACUUGCAAGGCAACAUGAAUGUGUUCCUCAAGAACGAGGAUUCCGACGAGGCAUCCUCUAUGGAACUGGCCACCGCCAUUGGCAAGUACUUCUGGGUGAAUAUAACUCGAGGUGAAGAGCUGCCGGAGACGAUAUGCAGUGAGUGCCUGUCGCUGGUCACUUCGCUGGUGAAUUUCUCGGAACGAAUUACCCGCGUGCAGAAGCUUUACUGCAUCCUGCAGAGCACGCCCAGCCAGGAGAGGCCAAAUCUCCACGAGCUGCGCUCCAAAUUCGGUUUGCUGGACGAGGAUACGCUGACUGAGGUGCACUAUGUGGACAAGAAGCCGAAGUUGGAUGAACAGCUAGAGUUUCUGCCAGAGGAGUCGGCUUACGAGCUGGCAAACCCACUGACGCCAGAGGAAAAGCAGGAACACGAGGAUCAGGAGCAGGAUCAGCCGACGGAGGAGCCCGAUGAGCAGGAUGCCGACUACGAAGCGAAUGGAGAUCAUGUACUAACGAACCUGUGCGAUGUCUAUGGCAUUCAGGAGGAUAACUCUACUGCUGGCAGCUUGGAUGGCUCCUCGCCCAGUCCCGAAAAAGCUGUAGAGGAUGCAGCAGACUCCGAAAAGAGACACCAGUGCAGUGAGUGUUUGCGAAGCUACGCCUCGGCCAAGACCCUGCAGCGCCACCUGCGACAGGAUCAUGGCCAGACUGAGCCCGCAACCGAGAAGCUGCAAUGCCCGGAUUGCCCCAAGAAGUUUCGUCUACACUACCAGCUGGAAAGGCACAUGAAAUGGCAUGUGCCCCUACCCAAGCGCAAGCAGUACGCCUGCAGCAGUUGCGACAAGAAGUUCGCCACCAGUGCAUCCGCCCAGCAGCACGAGCAGUACAUGCACCUGGAUGAGCGGCCGCGGCCGGUGAUUUGCGAGCAGUGCGGCGUGGGUGUGCACUCGAUGAGCGCGCUCAAGGAGCACGUCCUCAAGCACACGGACUACGCCCCCUUCGAGUGCGAGGUGUGCAAGAAGUGCUUUAAGUCGGCCAAUCGCUUGAAACACCACAAGGAGACGCAUGAUCCGCACAAGUACAUCUGCCCCGAGUGCGGCAUGCAGCUGAAUUCGCGGACCACUUUGAAUCGCCACCGGCUGGUGCACACGGAUCAGAUGCAGCACAAGUGCGACUACUGCGGCCGGGAGUUCAAGCGCGCCAAGGCGCUGAAGAAUCACCUCAUCCUGCACACUGGACUGAAGCCGUACUCCUGCGACUUUUGCGACCGCACCUUUGCCAACGGCUCCAACUGCCGCACGCACAAGAAGAAGUCCCAUCCCGAGGAGCUGGCUGCCCAAGAGGCGGCGGGCGGCGGCAGGUCGCACAACAGAAAUAUACCCAAGCUGGAGGCGCUCAAGGCAUUCACCAAAAACAAGGACAACCUGUCGCCGGUGGCCACCAAACAGAGCGGCUGCUUCGCUUUCGGCAAAAAGCCGAGGGCAGCCACCAAGGAUACUCCAGCUUCGAAUCCCGCCGCCAUCCAAGAUGCUCAGCCUGAGCCAGCGCCUGAUCCCGGAGGGGAGAACGCCACCCAGUCAGAUCCCCCAGCUGCGGCUAUACCCGCGCUAGAUAAUAUUUAUAACCAUAUCAUGAUCGACUAUCGCUGACCACCCACUUGAGUUGACCCUUUCAAAUAGCACAAGUUUCAAGUUUUGUUUCCAAAUUCGCCGUAUGUUGUGUAUUUAAAGCUGUUUAAAGAUAUAGUCGAUUGUUUCGCAUACACUAGAAUGUGUAAGCCGACUUAAUUAUGAAUUUAAAGUCUAUGAGCUAAUGUAAUUAGAAAGAGAGCUUCUACGGGAAAUUAAAUAUUUUGCUUAUGAGUAGGUAA